GCCAACAGUCAGUAGUAUUUCGACGUUGGUGACGGUUCUACUGUUACGGUUACCCGUCUUUCUCCCUCUCUUUCUCAUUUUUUGCUUAGUUUCUCUCUUUGUUACUUGUCUGCAAUUGUGUUCGUUCCAUCCAUAAGAAGUUUAGACAUCGCGAUGUGUGCGCGCGCGUUACAUAUUCAUCGGUGAAAUACCACGUGUCGAAUUUUUUAUAGUUAAUUCGUUUGCUAUGAUACCUACCAGAAGAAGAGUUUGAUUUUGGUGCACGUGACAAUAUUUUAAAAAUUAGCUGAUGUGAAUUGAACACACCUUGAAACACAGAAAAUUGAAAGAGAAAAACAGUGAGAAAAAGAAAAGAUAGUAAUAUGCAGCGGAUGUGGUUUAUAGAGAACAAAGAGGAGGAGCAAUUGAAGCCGCUAGAAGAGCCACGUGAGACUAGCUUCAUCGAGGUGGCGACUGAACAGACAUCAGACAUGAGGGGGUCUAAAAGGGACUGGAUUUUUAGAGUGCAGGUGCAUAAAGUGGAGAAAAAUGAAGUCUUAUACGUUGUGGGCAAUUUGCCCGAACUGGGUUCUUGGAAUCAUAACCAGGCACUUCAAUUAUCACAAGAACAUGGCAGUCGGGAUUCUCCUGUACUUUUUGACAGUAACAGUAGUGGGGAAUUUUAUAGCGAUGAUGGACAUGCUGGAGAUAAUUUAUUUGGUGACGUAGAUGAUGAAGGUGGACAGAUAUUUUCACAAAAGGUUGCACUCCCUAUUGAUACUGACGUAGAAUUCCGAUAUUUCGUUGCUGUUAUCUGUCAAUCUAAUGGUACUAAAAAUUCGGCCAAGACUCUCAUUAUUCGUAGAUGGGAGACUCAUAUGAGACCGCGCCUUGUCAAAAAGAACACACCUAGCAAUUUUACUAGUGACACAUUACCAGAUCCAGAUAAAUUUGGUUGUUAUAAUAGUUAUUGCAAAAUUGAACGAGGCUGGUUGACUGACGAAACUGUGGUACAAUUUAAGCUUUUUAAUAAUCCAAUUAAAUUAUGGAAAAACCGAUUACAAAAUAGGAAAGUUCAUAUUAAGAUGACACCUGUAAAUCUAGUUAGGCACAAUUCUUUAGAAUUGCAACAGUUUGGAGGCGAUUGUGUAGAUGAUAGUCUUUCAAUGGAUACACAAGAUAUUGUUGAUCAACCUGCCUUUAGUAUUACAGAAAUUGCGGUUAUGAACGACGAAGAGGCUCACUUCAAACUUCAGGAACAAUUUGGUCGAGCUUACAAUGAAGACGAAUUUAUUAUCUUCAAUGUUGCGGUUCGAUACCCUGAAACUAUCGCAUACUUAGUGGACUACUACGUGUACAGCUCAAGGUGUUUUCCUGGAGAACCACCAAGUCAUAUUGGUUUCAGCUACAUCUUGCCUAGCACGUUACAAGCUAGCGUUGGGCUUUUAACAGUACCAAUUACAAGCACAAAACAUAGACCAAUUGGACAACUUACAGUGGAAUAUGUCGUGAUAAAAUCAAUACCUGAUUAUCCAUGGGAUAUGAGUAUUUCGUAUGCAAAACAUUGGGAACAACGAUGGUCUGGCCUUGAUGUGGGACACAGAGGGCUUGGCACAUCUUUUCAAACAAAGAACUGUGCUAAUGUACGAGAAAAUACAGUAGCUUCUUUAAAAACCGCAUCGUACCAUGGCGCUGAUAUGGUCGAAUUUGAUGUCCAACUAUCCAAAGAUCAUAUACCUGUUAUUUAUCAUGAUUUUUAUGUAUCCAUUUCAUUAAAACGCAAGAAACAGAUAGAAGCUAUGGACAUGUUGGAAAUACCAGUUAAGGAUCUUACAUUAGAGCAGUUACAUUUAUUAAAGGUUUAUCACGUGGCCGAAGGUCGAGAAAAAAAUCCACGAUUCUUUGACGAAGAUUUAGAAGAUCAUCAACCUUUCCCUACCCUUCAGACUGUACUUCAAGAAUUAGAACAGCACGUUGGAUGUAAUAUUGAAAUAAAAUGGACAAUGCAACUGAAGGACGGCACAUUCGAGCUUAAUCACCCUUUUGACCUUAACUUAUAUUUGGAUAUUAUACUGAAAGUUGUGUUAGAAUAUGGAGGCGACAGAAAAAUAGUCUUCUCAUCUUUUAACCCUGACAUAUGUGCCAUGAUUCGUCUUAAACAAAAUAAGUACCCGGUAGUAUUCUUGACACAAGGUGUCACCUCAAAGUAUCCUACUUACCAUGAUCCAAGGUGUCAAACAAUACCGAUGGCUGUUAGACACGCGUUAGCAGCUGAUAUCUUAGGAAUAAAUGUUCAUACUGAAGAUAUUCUUCGAGAUCCGUCUCAAGUAAAAUUAGUCAAAGACGCUGGAUUAAUUAUCUUCUGCUGGGGGGAUGACAAUAAUGAUAAAGAUACGAUUCAACAUUUGAAAAAACUCGGUUUACAUGCUGUUAUUUAUGAUAAGAUUGACGAAUAUAACGCAAAAGAAGUGAAAGAAAGUAUAUUCUUGGUGGAUGCUAGAGAAAAUCAGAAGGCACUUAUUGCUUUAGCACAGUGUAAUCAAAAUUGUUCUGCUCAAAGCCAAAUUUCCAAUUCUCUCAAUACAGAAAAGGAUUAUUAUAUGGAUCUUGAUAAAUCACGAAAUAUGAUUACAACCACAUCAACAACAACUUCAAUCGCAUCAUUUGGUAAGAAUAGUAUUGGCGGUGAUAAUGUAUAUUCUAUGUCAACUGUUAAAUUACCACCUACGUGUGACCAUCAGGAGAGCAAAGAGAUCAGUGAAAUGACAAAAGAUUUUAGCGUAUGUGCAAAAUCAUUCGGCCAUUCGGUGAAAGCUAAAAGUAUCUCGGACUUAGUUUGCGGUCAGACAACAACGCUACCGGAAAUUUAUGGAGAGGAUGAAUCUGCAAAGGAUUGUCUUUGAUGUUUCUCUUUUAAGAAGCCGUCGUGGUUUUGACACAAAAGAUAUUGUUUAGAAAAAAAUCUAUCAUAAGAGGAAGGAGAAAAAAUUUUUUUUUUUUUUGUAAUUCAUAAUUCAUAAUUACUAUAAUAUUUAUGAAGGGGUCAAGCAAAUACUUUGUUUCCCCUACAGUCCUAGGAUCCGUACAAUUGGAUCAUCUUAACGGCCAUUACACGGAGUAUAUACAUGUACCAAUGCACAAGAGGGACGAUCGAUUGAUUUUUCACGUCAUUUAUCAUUCCUGCGAUCGGUCGACUUAAUUGUCCAUUUACUUUUUUAUUAUCUUUUACUUAAAACUCUACACAAUGGCCUGUUUUUUUUUUUAUGAUAAUCGAGUUCUAUGUUGGCUGUAGAAAAAGAUUUGAACUCCUGUUAUUUUGCCUGUGGCAAGUGAGUGCUGGAGUUUUAAGUUUUUAGUACAAAUAUCCUCAAUAUUUUUCAUUUAGUUCAUAAAAAAACAACUGUCACCCCUUUCAUAUUCCUUCCUUUAUUAAUGAUCAUUAAUUUAACGUAGUAGAACAGAAAAGCAAUUUGAGUAUUUACGAGUAGCAUUACGAGUAUUUACUUCUUUUUAAGUUAUCGAAGAAAUUGAAAAAAAAGAAAAAAAAACGAUUGCCUUUGACAGCUUCAAAUGUUGACAAAACAGCUGCAGGGUAAAUAUUUUUCGUAGACAUAGAAUAUUUCAUAUUCAUUUAUUUAUGUUUCGAAAUAUUUUUAAUACAAAAUCUUAGUAAUUAAAUGAUGUAAAAAAUAAGAAAGAAUUUCUUUAUGGAAUGACAAAUUUUUGUUAAAAGCGUAAACUUAAAAGCCACACUAUAAUCAUAAAUAAAGGAAAAGUUACGUCAUUUUCUCGGAUUAAAUAAUACGGUGAUUAUUAUAAAUAGUUUCUUCAUCUUUGUAUAAUAAUCACUUUAGGUGAAUUAAGAUCGGUUCUUUUUUUUUCUGGUAGAUCAAUACAAUCAAAACAUCGUGAAGAUUGUUUGUUCGCUUUAUUAGAUACUAUUUUUUCCUGUCUGGACCUCGAUGUCCAAUUAAUUUUAUAACUGCAUCAGUAACAGAAUAAGUAGCAUGCAAAUAUCUUUUCAUAGUUUUUAAACAGAGAAGAUAAUUUAUACCGCUAUACCGCAUUGGUAGUACGCUAUACAACUAAAGAGAGCGAUUGUAUCAAUCGUUAAGAUUCUGGCAGUAUACAGUAUAUCUGUUGAUGGUUUUAGAAAAAAAGUAUACCACAGAUAUGUUAAUGGGAUCACAUGUGUAUUUAAAUGCACAUGUAUCGUGCGUUAAAGCGGGAGGGGGGAGGGGGGGUACUGAUCUUUUCUAUUGUCAUAGAGGCUAUGCAUUGUAAUAAACCAGUUGACGGAUAUAAAUCGGUUUCGAUAAGUUUAUAAUUAAAUCCAUUGGUAGAAUUUUGAAAAUCCUGAUACAUAUAGGUUAAUGUGUUACAGUCUUCAAGUGUAUAUUGAUAAACUUCAUAUAUAUUUCAGAUUUCUAA